AUCUUUAGGAGCCAGAAAAAAGUGUGAACUUGGAAGACCUCAAGGGGACUGCAUAUUAGAGGUGUGAACUUACCUCAGUGCUAGUGAACUAGUAGGGAGGAGUCAGUGCAAGGGGGGUUCACACCAUGUCCAGGAGUUCAAUAAAGGGUCCCUAUAAAAGGCCCAGAGAGCUGAGCUCAGACAUUUCCUUUGGAGGAUCUGAAAGUCAACAGAUCACAGCUGCUGAAGGAGAGAAGCUACAGAGAAAAGUAAGAGCCUCAGAAGCGGUCUGAGACAUCAGGACAACCAGACAGUUUCAGCAAUACCAACUGCUUCUGGAAGACCAGAAUGCUGGGCAAGCUUGGGAAAAAAAUUCGGGCCCAGGUCAUCGCCCAGGCACUGAUGAAGCGAAAAUGCCAGCUUCUUGCUCUUCUCAGGGUUAAUGGUAAGCAGCGCGCUGGUCCACGCCGGAAUGCCACCAGCCAGCAGUCUGCUUUCACAGUUCAAAUGGAUGAGCCCUGUGGUGAGAGGGAGAAGGAAUUUCUUAGCCCUAAAAAGGUGCAAUGUGAGGACAAGAGAUGGGACUUCAAUUCAGCUGUCUCCCUACCAGCCACAAGCAGACCUUUGGUGCCCUGCAAUCAAACAAUGGAUGUCAGUUUUGAAGCUUCUCUUCCCCUGGAAACGUCCAUGAAGCUGGAAGCCCCCCCAAAACUACCAAACAUCAUGGAAGUCUCUGACUAUGCAGAAGACAUCUAUCUUUACUUGAGGGAAAUGGAGGUGAAAUUUAAACUGAAUAUGGAUUACAUGAAGAACCAGCCAGACACCAUUGAUGGCUUGAGGGUUCUCUUACUGAACUGUCUAGUGGUCGCAGGGCAAUUACUGGAGCUCCAGAAUGAGACUCUCCACUUGGCUGUGAACUAUUUCGAUCGGUACCUCUCCUUAGAGCCAGUGUCCCCUGAGACGCUUCAGCUGCUGGGCAUUGCGGCCUUGCGCCUUGCCACAAAGUUUGAAGAAGCCUACCCACUCCGAAUAAUUCAGCUUAUUCACCACAGGGCUGGCCAAUACACUAAGAAGCAGAUAACAGGAAUGGAGUGCAGGAUGCUGCAAGUGCUGGCUUUUCACCUUGCCCUGCCCACAAUCAAUCAGUUCCUCACUCAGUAUUUCCUUCAUCAACAGCAGCCCAACCCUCAAGUGGAAAGUUUAGCCAUGUUUCUGGGAGAGCUGUGUUUAGUUGAUACGGUCACCUAUCUGAAGUAUCUCCCCUCAGUAACUGCAGGAGCUGCAUUUCAUCUAGCACUCUACACGGUCACUGGGAAGAGCUGGCCUGAGUCAUUGGUCCAGAAAACCGGAUAUACCCUGGAAACUCUUAAGCCAUGUCUCAUGGACCUUCAUUGGACCUACCUCAGCGCAUCACAGCAUGCUGUAUAUUCCAUACCAGAAAAAUACAGAAAGCCAAUAUACCAUAGUGUAGCACUCAUCCCACCUCCAGAGACACUCAACUUGGAGUGA